AUGAAACCUGAAGAUCCUCAUACUAUUUCCUUCAAUCUAUCCAGCAACAUCGGUUCUACUACUAGGAUCCCUAUUCUCUUCCCACAAGACUAUGAAUUCUGGGCCUUACACUUCGAAGACUACAUUCUGGGUAUUGAAGACCAUGAUGCAACAAUAUGGCAGGCUAUGACUCAGGAAACGUUUACUUUUUCACAUACAAAGGAGGAGGUCAUUACUUUGGAUCAGUACAAUACACUUCUUGUCGAUCAUAAAGAUGUUCCAAACGAUGAAAAAGAUAAACUAAUUAGCAACAUCAAGGCCUUGAAAAUCAUAAGGUUUGCUCUUCCCCCGGACACUUUUCGUCUAACGAGUUCGUUUGUCAAGGCUAAGGAAAUCUGGGAUAGGCUAAAGGAGCUCUACUCCAGCAAUGCAGAUCUAGAACAUUUUGUCCAGACGUUGCUUCUAUCGGAGUUUGGUGCUUUUGUUCAAAAUCCAGAAGAGACAUUAGAUCAAACGUUCAAUUGUUUUAAUCAUCUUUUAAGUAGGGUGUUAAAACACAAGAUUAAGCGUGAACCAAUAGAGCAAAAAGUUACGUUUAUGAAUGGUUUGAGGUCUGAAUGGAAGCUGGUGGGAAUUCUUAAGUCCCACGAAUCUGAAGUAACAAAGGAUGGGAAGAUUGUGUCCAUCAUGGGUUCGUUAGCCCUGAUUGCGAAGGGUAAGAAGGUUGUAGAAGAGGCCUCCGAAUAUGAUCUUUCGGACUGUGAACUCUCUAAGGAAGACUUUUCUAUGAUGGAUGAUGUUGAUGAGUUUGGACGUGUUAAAGUCAAGUCAACAGAUUUGGAAGAUGAAGAGGUUCGCAAGCCCACACAUGGUGGAUGUUUCGUAGUGAAGUCUGAAGUGCCAGAGUACAAGGGAAGAUGUUUGAUGGCGAGUAAGUGCGAGAAGGUCAUCAGUAAGGUACAAUCCAUACUCCAGUCUCUUAAUAUUCUUGUCAGUCGUUACGAAUCUGAAUUAAAUGAUUUGAAUUACAGUGUCUCUAGUUUUAGUGAUAGUUUAAAAAGAACACAUUUAAGUAAUUCUAACCUAAAUGAUCAAAUCAGCAGGGUAACAAACAAAAGUGAAGAGAGACAGAUGUGGAUAAAGAAGUUGGAGUUAGAGCUGACUAGGUUAUAUUUUAACUUUACUCAACUGCAUCUUGACUGUGAAAUAGGCAAGAAUAUACACAAAAUGAUUUUACCCUUUCUCGAAUUGAAAGAUGAUAAAAUCGAUGCAGAAUGCUACAGAUGUGAAUCCAUUGUUUCCUCUGACGAUGUAUCUGAUUCAUACAAAGUUGGACUUAACAAAAUUGAAGCGUACAUUCAAUCCAAAGAACACAAGGAUAUGCUGAAACAAAUUUUGAAUGAGAAAGAUAAAGAGCAAAUUAAAUUUGAUACUGUGCAAAAAUUUGACUCGUUAUGCACAAAAUUAAGUUCAGAAAAUACGUUUGACACUAAAAAUGUCUUUGAAUUUGAUGAAAGUGAUAUAAGUGAAAUUUCUAUAGAUGAUGAGAAAAACCUGAUCUCUGAAAAUUUAGUUGAGUUUGAUCGUAUUUGUGAAAAUAAAGGUUCAAAGGUUAUAAAAGAAAAGGCAACAGUUUUUCUGAAAGUGCAAACUGUUUCGUAUCGGGUUUUCGCAACUUAUGGACUGGACCUAAAUCAAACCUCAAAAUUGGUGUCCCUUGUAGAUGACGAUAAUGCAGAUGGGUACGACGAAUUCUUUUGUUUUGCUUAUAUUGACAAUGCAGAUGAUACCAAAGGUCUUUCUGAAAUGACCUCUUGGAAAACGAAUAGGAGAUAUGUUGUUGGACCAUUAAAUUAUGUUAACCCCUAUUUUGAUAAAGCUGGUUCGAGUGGUACCAAAGAUGUCCCAAGUGAAACAUCUUCCGAACAUACAGCGAAAGAUGUUAAGGGCAAAGGAAAAAUUGUUUCAGAACCUGAAAUUUCAUUCAAGGAAUCCGAAACAAAUUUGAAAAAGGAGGAAAAGAAGUUUAUGAAAAAGGUGAUUCGUGACGAACAGUAUGACUCGGAAUGGUAUAUUGACAAUGGUUGUUCGCAUCACAUGACUGAGAUGAGAGAAGAGCUGAGGGAAUUUCAAUCGCCGAAGGACGAAGUGAAAUUAAAGUACAAAAAUAAUGCUAAGGGAGAAAUCAAAGGAUAUGGCAUGAUCAAAAAUGGUGAAUUCACCAUUCGGAAGGUAGCAUACGUGGAAGGCCGACAACAUAACCUAAUUAGGGUGUCUCAAUUGGUUGUAGGUACUGGUCUGAAAGUUUCAUUCGAUGACGAGGGAUCUGAGAUAAUUGAGAAGAAAUCCAAAAAAUUACUUAUAAAUUCCAAAAGAAAAGGCGAGAUAUUCAUGUGGGUUUAUUUUCUUCAACAAAAAUCAGAUGGAACUUCCAAGCUUAAGGACUUCAUCAAGCACAUCGAGCUUCAACUGCGUAAGCUAGUUCAGAACGUUCGCAGUGAUAAUGGUUCGAAAUUCAAAAACAAAGUGUUUGAAGAAUUCUUGUCUAAAAAAGGAGUUGCUCAUAACUUCUCUGCUUCUUACACUCCUCACCAGAAUGGUGUUGUUGAAAGAUGA